GUAAUAACUCAUCGCCGAGCUGUCACAACUCACAAGUGGCUUAAUGUGCAUGCUUUUGUUUUAAGUAGCUUGAGCUUCCACUCCGCCAAACAUUCUUCUUGCUUUCUUUUCUUUUUAAGAUUUUCUGGCAUUCUGCUGCUGCGCCAUGAAGAAGAUGUUUGCUGUCAAGGUGGAAGAAGGAAGGGAGGGCCGGGACGGCCUGCCCUCCGUUGGCCCCGUCUAUCGGAAUCUAUUAGCCCACCAUCACUUUCCGCCCAUCGAUCCCCAUUUAUCCACAGCUUGGGAAAUCUUUAGGGCCUCUGUUGAAAAAUAUCCAGGAAAUAGGAUGCUAGGAUGGCGUCCAUUUCUCGAUCACAAGAAGUGGGGCCCUUAUGCCUGGAAAACCUACGAAGAAGUCUACGGAGAAACUCUUUGUGCUGGUUCAGCGCUACGAGCACAGGGCAUUCAACCUGGCGCCCGGGUGGGCAUCUAUGGAUCAAAUUGCCCGCAGUGGAUUGUCGCCAUGGAGGCCUGCAGUUCCCAGAGUUUGAUUUGCGUCCCUCUCUACGACACUCUCGGACCAGGAGCUGUUGAUUUUAUAAUAGAUCAUGCAGAUAUUGAUUUCGUUUUCGUACAGGAUAAGAAAGUGAAAGAACUUUUGAGGUGCAAGCAUGCUCGACGACUGAGAUCGAUGGUUUGCUUCACUUCCAUGACAGAGGAAGAGAAGGACGGAGCUGCAUCCGUUGGACUGAAAUCAUAUUCUUGGAACGAUUUUGUUCGAAUGGGAAAAGAGAAUCCCUCAGAUCUCUUGCCACCGCAGCCAUUUAAUAUUUGUACAAUAAUGUACACUAGUGGAACCAGUGGAAAUCCAAAAGGUGUUAUAUUGACUCAUGAAAACAUUUCAACAUGCAUCAGAGGGGUUGAUAUUUUCAUGGAACAAUUUGAAGAUAAGAUGACAGUGAAUGAUGUGUACAUAUCUUUUCUCCCUCUUGCUCACAUCCUUGAUCGCAUGAUUGAGGAAUACUUUUUCCACAAGGGUGCUUCUGUUGGUUACUAUCAUGGGGAUAUCAGUGAGAUACAGGAUGAUCUAAUGGAGUUGAAGCCAACUUUUCUGGCUGGAGUACCUCGAGUUUUUGAAAGGGUGCAUGAAGGUGUGCUAAAAGCACUUGAAGAACUCAAUCCAGUGAGGAGGAAAAUUUUUGGCAUGCUUUACAACUACAAGCUUAACUGGAUGAAGCGAGGCUACAAACAGAAACAUGCAUCUCCAAUAGCAGAUCUUCUAGCUUUUAGGAAGGUCAAGGCCAGGUUAGGUGGCCGGAUUCGUCUGAUAGUUUCUGGUGGUGCACCACUAGGCAGUGAGGUGGAAGAAUUCUUGCGGGUCACCUCGUGUGCUUUUGUUUUGCAAGGCUAUGGGUUGACGGAGACUUGUGGAUUGACCAGCCUUGGCUUUCCCGAUGAAAUGUGCUUGAUCGGAACAGUUGGUUCUGCAUUUGUAUACAACGAAAUUCGUCUGGAGGAAGUCCCAGAAAUGGGCUACUAUCCACUUGGAGAUCGUCCUCGUGGUGAGAUUUGUGUCAGAGGGAAGAUGGCUUUUGCAGGAUACUACAAGAACCCGGAAUUAACAAGAGAAACUAUAAGAGAUGGGUGGUUCCACACAGGUGACAUAGGAGAGAUGUCAGAAAAUGGUGUUAUAACGAUUAUCGAUAGAAAGAAAAAUCUUAUCAAGCUAUCUCAAGGGGAAUAUGUUGCAGUUGAAUAUCUGGAAAAAGUUUAUUGUGUUUCGCCAACAAUUGAAGAUAUCUGGGUGUAUGGAGAUAGCUUUAAGUCAAUGCUGAUUGCUGUCGUGGUACCACAUGAGGAGAACACGGUAAAAUGGGCACGGCAAAAUGGCCAUCAAGACUCCUUUUCCGGAUUGUGCUCGCUCAACCAGCUGCAAGAGCUUAUCCUACAGGAGCUAAGGUCCACAGCAGAGAGAAACAAGCUGAGAGGCUUUGAGCAUAUCAAAGCGAUUAUUCUGGAACCCCAACCUUUUGAGCUGCAAGCAGAUUUGAUGACUCCAACUUUGAAGAAGAAAAGGGAUCAGUUACUUAAGCGCUACAAGGGGGAAAUUGAGGGUCUGUAUGAGAAACUCUCUGGUGUUAAGCGCUAAGUCCAUUGCGCUUUGUGGCAUCAUUGCAAUUUAAAUUUGGAGACUGCCAAUAUCAGUAUGUAGCUGCUGGCCUGCGGCUGUUAGUGCAGGAGGAGCAAUGUUCCGACUUCGUUUGUGUGUGUUCAUAUUAUGUGAGUGAAUUGCCACCAAACUCCUCAGUGUGUAUGUGUAACUUCAAUGCCAGUUUACUCUCUUUUUUACUUUUAUACACCCAUAACAAACAAAAUGAUACUAAAUAUAAAACCUUUCCCCUUCGCCUA